AUCAGGAGGGCUUCAGGGUUUUUUCUUCCUAUAGAGGAAAAUGUCUUUUAGAGAUUUGAAUGUUUUUAUAUAUCAACCUCCCAUUAAGAAAGAGAAAAAUGAACCAAAAGAUGGUGUAUGGUAGUGAAUCAUAAUUUGACUGAUUGGUAUCAUUACUAACAACAUCACAUGAGAAGACACAAGCAGACUAUGAUACACAUAGGAUUUCAUAUCAAAGAUGUUUUAGGAUUUUGCUGCAUAAUUAACCAAUCAAUUAUUUAUACUUUUAAAUCUUUCUUGUUGGAUAACCGUGAGAAUAAUAAUAUAGUAACACACAUAACACCAGAAAACACUCUUUCCUUUCACCACACAGUACUAACUCACACCACCACCAUCGCCAUGACGCCCCCAAAUCAAUUCGAUCAAUAAGCCUACGAUGAAGACUCUGUCACCAGCGUUCCUCCCCGACGAACUCAUCUUUGAGGUACUUUCAUUUCUUCCAGUGAGAUCUCUUGUUCGAUUCAGGUGUGUGAGUAAGUCUUGGAAAACCCUAAUUUCCGAUUCCACCUUUGUGAAAUUGCACCUUCAUAAUUCACGAUCACAGACACGAAACUCUUCGCUCUUAAAAAUAAUCACGAAGAACACAAUCUGUAUUCCGGGAUAUCACGUUGAACAUAAGGAAGAAUUCAGCAUCGUUAGACACCCUAUACAUCGUGUAUUCCAAAACCAUUCCUUCGCCGUUGUUUACGAUUCCCAUUCUCAUCUUUGGAACAACCCAGCAAUAACUCGAAACUACUCUACGAUAGUUGAUUCCUGUAAUGGAUUGCUUCUUUUGGAAGUUGUUUCUGAAACUGUUUAUGGUUUUGAGUACUGGCUCUGUGUUUGGAAUAUUUGUGACCCUAGUAGAGAUUUCGACUUUGCCUUUGGAUGUGAUAAUUCAACUGGAGCUUAUAAAGUGGUGGCGUUCUGUAAACGAGAGACAACAUCAGAUGUGAAAGUUCUCAACUUGGGUGUUGAUGUUUGGAGAAACAUUGAAAGUUUUCCUGUUGUUCUUGACCACGAACAUGUGUGUUUGAGUGGUACUAUAAACUGGUUGGCUACGCCUACUAUUCACACCAGUGAUACUGUGGAACACUCUGUUAUUGUUUCACUUGAUUUGGAGACAGAGGCGUACAAGCAAUACACAGUUCCUCGUGGCGUUGAUGAAGUGCUGCCUGACUCGCCAACUAUUGGUGUGCUGGGAGGCUGCCUUUGUUUUUCUUAUUUGCACAGGGAAACUCAUUUUGAUAUUGUUAUAUGGCAGAUGAAGAAAUUUGGGGUUGAAGAUUCUUGGACUCAAUUCCUUAAAGUUAGUUACCAUGAUCUUCUAAUAGAUUAUGGCAACUUUAGUGACAAUGACAUAUGUUAUUUUCAGUUGGUGCCAUUAUUUCUUUCCGAGGAUGGUGAUUCACUGAUACUUCAGAGCAAUCUAGAAUCCCAAACAAUUCUCCUCUAUGACAGGAGACAUAAUAGAGCAAAGCGAACAGAAAUUAUUGCAAGUACAACUAUUGCCGAUUUUAGAAAUAGCAAUUAUGUAUACCAGGACUUUGCCAAAGAUUAUGUUGAAAGCUUAGUUCCAAUUUUUUGAAAAGUUCUGGCGCGACAAAUUGCUGGUGAGAUGUUUGUUGUUCCGUAAAUUGGCGGAGUUUGAAAGCCUGCAAUUCAGUUUCUGAGUCUUAAAGCUUUUGUAUUUCUGAGUUCUGGCUUGUUAUGACGAGUGAAUGUACCAUAUAAUAAUAUGUUAUAUAAGAGGAAUCUCUUUGUGAUUAUUUUUUUAUAGAUUGAAAAUCAGCAAUGAUAUGAAGUAUUGCA